AUGAGAUCUGGAUUGAUGAAUGCGCAACCUCCCUCAAGUCUCCAGUGGCCAAUCAUCAUAGGAGACUCUGGAAUUCCUAUGCACCAUAUCCAACGCAUUGUAAGGACUGUUGUCCUCAGGCGAGAUGGAGGAGGCUAUGGUCUGACAGUGUCUGGAGAGAAUCCUGUAUAUGUCAUAGAUGUUCGAGAGGGUGGUGUAGCUGCUCGAGCAGGAGUUUGUAAGUAUGACGUCCUCCUCCAGGUCAAUGGUACUCCAGUGCGUGAAGAAAAUCAUCACAAUGUUGUUGGGAUGAUCAAAUCUGAGGAGCAAGUAACAUUGACCCUUUUGAGUGUGGUGCAACCUGAGGUGCCUACAGCAGUCAUGCCAAGCAAUCCGUCAUUGCCAGUACCUCCUCCUCUCCCCCCACCCAAUCCAACACACAGUUCCCCACCUUCACGUCCCCUACCACCACCUCCUGAGUCUGCGGCACCUUCCACUACUUCUCGUGCUUUGGAGAAGAACAUCACUGGGCCUCAACCCGUAGAUGUGGAACAGCUAAGACAGGUCAACAACCAGAAGGAGAGAACCAUCAGUAUGAUGCUGGAGAGAGAGAUGCUACAUCGUGAAACAGUUGCUGCAGAUCUCGUGGAACAGCUAAGACAGGUCAACAACCAGAAGGAGAGAACCAUCAGUAUGAUGCUGGAGAGAGAGAUGCUACAUCGUGAAACAGUUGCUGCAGAAUUGCAGAAAACUGUUGGUGGUGGAAGGAGACGAGCUGAUCUCCAACGAGAGCUUACUAGUGCUGAUAGACGAAUUCGCCAGCUCAAUGAAGAGCUUCGAAACUUUCACAGUCGAGGCCGAGACUUGGUGCUGGGAUCCUCAAACAGUCCGCCAAUGCUGAGGCGUCACAGCAGCAGGGAAGAACCAAAUGGAGAAGACAUGCCUCCCCCAUUGCCAGCUAGGAACCGUCUCAUGACUCGUGUUUCCUCUCCCGCCCUCUCAACUCUUGAGACCCCUGCCCCACCACCUGUCCCUCCACACAGAGAUGAAGCACUGAUCCAGAAAGCCUCCUGUACCUCAGCUGCAGAUGCCAAAAAGAUUGGGAAUGGAAUGCCAUCCCACCAGAGAGCUAAAUCUAGUCCAGAUCAUUUGGGAACCUCGCACAGUGCUGAGAACCUCUCUUCUGGUACCCCAUCAGUCACUUCUUCCAAACCUGUCAGAUCCAAUUCAGAUUUCUCAGGAAGCAACAAAUUGAACUCCUCAGAAUCAAUGGGAGACUUGCCGAAAGGAAACAAGCAGCGCCCAAGGUCUCUGGUGGGGCAGACAGAGACUUCUCCUCCUAACACACCAGUUGGGAGACUGGGACACACUCGCAAAGGCUCAGAAGGCCACUUCUCAGAGGGGGUGCCUGGUGGAAGUAGGCCUGCACCCUCACCCAUCCUGACCUCCACGCCUGAGCAGCAGCACUGUGAUUCCAAGGUGCCUUUGUCUGUCAGCCCUCCUCAGGUAAUUGGAACAUCGCCUUGGGAUUCGUCCAAUUCGCCAGUGCUCAAUUUUGGAACCAAUCAAAUACUUUCUUUUGAAGAAGAAUCAGGUGGUUCUGAUUCUGAAGUGUGCCACAUGACUGAUGACCAUGGGCCUUUCAACAGUCUUUCAAAACUAAUGGACCACAAUGCACAUUUGGCUGUCUUCCUUAAUUACCUUCUCAAUAACUCUGAUGCUUCUAGUCUGUUCUUUCACAUCAUCACUGAUUUUUACAAAGAAGGGAAUGUGAAGGAGAUGCGCAAAUGGGUGUAUGAGAUUCACUCCACAUUCCUUGUUCCAAAUGCACCUCUUCGAUUGGCUGGUGUGGAUGAGAAUGUAUUACAUGAAAUUGACAACGACAUACAGAAUAAUCUGGACAAGGAAGAAAAGCUCAAAAAUAUAUUCUGGCGUGCCAAAAAGAUUGCUCGUGGACAGCUUCGAAUGCAAUUGGCUGACUUCAGGAACAAGCGUGUGGAAGGGCUGGCUCAUCUGUUUGGUGCAACAGAUGCACAGCUAGAUGAAUGCCUUCUUCAUAAGGAGAAGGAAGCAAAGGUUAUUGAGCCCAUCCUGUUGCCUGUCAUCAAGGAAUUGGAUGAUUUGGACAACCUGAAAGGGAGGGAUUUGGCCAUGGCAUAUGCCUUGGCAACUGUUUUGGCAAAACAGUAUGGGCUAAAGAGUCCAGUGGUCAAUGCAUUCCUAGAACGAUGUCCAACCUUCGUCAGCAAGGACAAGUCCUUUCGUUCGAAAAUACUCAGCCGUGGAAAAAAGCAAUUGUCACUGCUGGGGCAUCACUUCAUCCCACAGCAGUUUUCUUGUGUCACAUACUGUAAUCACUGUACUUGUGUCAUCUGGGGAAUUGGGCCUCAGGGCUACCAAUGCACUCACUGUGAAUUGAACGUUCACAAGUGGUGUGUGCGUGAGGUGGAAGAGGACUGUGUUGGAGCCAUGCAUAAGCCUGACAAGAAGUCUCGGGAUCGCAUCUCCAACUUCUUCCGUCUCUCUGAUUGGCAGGAGGGAAAGCGCAAACCCAGCCACCUGUCAGCUUCACACAUUGAAAAAGCCAGGUUGCAGUGGGAGGAAAAGGAAGAAAAUUCAUCUCUGGGAUCUGCUGCUACCGACUCUGCUGCUGGACGAAAGAAAAAUAGGAUUUUUCCUCCUCAUGUUCUGGAGACUUAG